GGUGCCACUGAAUGUCAUGAAGAAUGGAUAAAAAAGUACGGAAAAAUCUGUGGAUUCUACUUCGGACGAUUACCUAUGAUUAUCGUAGCGGAUUUGGAUCUACUCAGACAAAUUCAAAUUAAAGAUUUCCAAAAGUUUACAGGAAGACCGAUGUUAGUCCCUGGAACUACCCAGCCAAUUAAAGAACUUAAAUCACAAUUGAUUUACAAACGUGGAGAGCACUGGAAGGAAGUUCGCAGUCUCCUGACCCCAACAUUCAGUUCCAGUAAGAUGAGACAAAUGACACCAAUCAUGCAGGAAUGUGUUGGGGUUCUUAUGGAAAAAAUUGCCCAAAAAGCCCAAACAGAGGAAGAUUUCGAUAUAUUCGAGAUGUACCAAGGAUUGUCAGCUGAUGUCAUCAUUCAAACUUGUUUUGGAAUGCAGACGAAUGGCCAGCGUAAUCCAAAAGAUCCAGUUCUAACCAACUGUAGAGCUUUUACAAACAUUCAGACUACUGAGUUUCUCAUCUUUUUGAUAAUGUGCUUUCCUGAGCUUUACAACAUCCUUUAUCCAAUUCGAAAACUGGUGGAUGUCAUAUGGCAUCAGAUAUUCUCAACUCCAGCAAGAUCCUUAAUCGAAGGAAUUACGAAAGUCAUAGAAGAGAGACGAAAAAAUCCAGCGCUUCGAAGAGUUGAUCUUCUUCAGUUGAUGUUGGAUGCUCGAAUUGCUAAAGAAGACAUUCAAAAUGUGACUGCUAAACACCUGACUGCUGGUGAAGACGAGCCAACAAAAGAUGUUUCUAAAGUCAAAGAAGAAACUUCGAAAGACGGGAAGAAGCAGAUCAAAUUUAACACAGAUGGGGAAAUUACAGCAAAUUCUAUCACUUUCUUACUGGCCGG